AUGUUCUUCAAGCUUGAAAAUCUUAUAUUGCUAUCUAUCGUGCUCAAUACCUAUGCUUUACCGUUAGCAGAACCAAAUGAGGUGCAUAUCAAGGAACGGGGUGCUGGGUUGAACAGCUUUUUGAGCAUUCUCCUCAGCCACCUCCCUGCUAUAAACACUUCCAUUACUGACGCAACAAAAAUAAUCACCGGGUUUGACAAUCUUCUCGGAGCAUUAACUGGAGCUCAAGAGACAUACAAUGAGCUGGGAGGGACAUGCACAGAAUGGACUGUGAUAUUUGCUCGCGGCACAGCAGAGCCAGGCAAUGUUGGUGUUUUGGUUGGCCCACCGUUAUUCGACGCGUUGGAGGAUAAGUUUGGUGCUUCUACACUUACCAUUCAAGGUGUCAAUGACUACUCGGCAUCCGUUCAGGGCUAUCUGGCAGGAGGAGAUUCUAAUGGAAGCGCGGAAAUGGCACGCCAAAUCAGGUCGGCGAAGUCUCAAUGCCCUCAUACAAAAUUGAUCGCAUCUGGCUACUCUCAGGGUUGUCAGAUCGUUCAUAACGCAAUUGCGCAGCUCGACUCUACUACAGCUAGCUGGAUAUCCAGUGUUCUUCUCUUUGGAGAUCCACUGAAAGGACAAGCCUUAAACAGCGUUCCCCAGUCAAGAGUUUUUACAGCAUGCCAUGCUCUUGAUGACAUCUGCAAAAAUGGCAUAAUUAUUGGUCCUUCCCAUCUUACUUAUGCCGUGGAUGUCGUUAGUGCUGUCAACUUUGCAGCAGCUGUGUAG